AUGGCAAACGAGACGAAGACCAAGCUGCGGAAGUUUCGCCUGGGCACGUCAAGAGCAAAAGACCCUCAAGCUGUAAUAUACGAGAUCGAUAAGAAGACAUUGGAGGUACGAGCCGUAGACGAUGAAGUCUACUCCGAUGUGCAGAGUCUUGCCGACGAGCUACCCGAUCACGCACCGAGAUUCGUUCUCCUCAGCUAUCCAUUGACUCUUACUCCCCAUCAGGACUCCGGUCGACAGUCCGUGCCAUACGUCAUGCUAUAUUAUAUGCCUAUAACUUGCAACAGCGAAGUCAAGAUGUUGUAUGCGGGCGCGAAGGAACUUGUGCGGAAUACCAGUGAGGUUGGGAGGAUCAUAGAGAUUGAUAGUGCGGAGGAUCUAGAGGAUAUCGAGGACAAGCUGAAGGAACACUCAUAG